AUGAAUUACUUAGGUGGCGGCUGUGUUAUUUUAAUUAUUGUAUCUCAAAUAAAUGCUGAAAAUUAUGACGAUGAAAGUAAUGAAAACAGCAAUGCAAGCGCAUCAGUAGACUCUGAGAGCAAUGAAGUGUUCAAUAGUAGUAUUUGGGCAAAGCCGAAGAGAGUCAUAAGGAAGGAGACAAUUAGUGUUAAGAAGGAUAAUGUUAUAAACAAUCAACCAAAGGUCAUGAAUAGCCAAAUCAUAAGGAACUCCAGUUACCCGUUCUCCGUCUCAAUUCAGAAGAAACAGUCGCACUACGCGUCUGGUGCCCUCGUCGAUUCCAAGUGGAUACUGACAGCUGCUGGAGAUUUCUACAACGUCCGCGAAUCCAUCAAACUAUUUCGAGCGCGCCUUGGCUCAGUGAAUUGCAAGAAAAGUGGAAUCUUAGUAGCUCUAAAAGCUGUUGAAGUUCAUCCCUUAUACGUGUAUAAGGAACCUCAAUACGACAUUGCAUUACUGAGACUAGCUCAGCCCGUGACGUUCAAUGAGCACAUGAAACCAAUAGCUAUAUCGUCAGCGGUGGAAAAUGUUUCUGGAAAGUUCUACACGACGUACUGGCCAAGGCUGAUUGUCAACGGCCAAGUGCUACCAGCAUCGGCGAAAGAAAGAUUAAAACACAACAGCAUGCGAGUGUCCACACAAAAGCUGAUCCCGUGGAAGAAAUGCUACAGAAUGCUUUCAGCGUCGAAUAAAAGUCUGGAACAUUCUACUUCAUGUUUGGAACCAAUUGUGACACACCACAGCCCAUGUAUUCCUGACGUCGGAGCUCCAAUAAUAUCUGAUGAUACGCUGUGGGGUGUUACUUCUGGAUGGAUUUCUGACACGUGUCUCGUUCAUCCCAGUCCUACAUUAUUCACUAGAGUUUCGCAGGAGAAUACACGGUUCUGGCUUGAUUCAAUUCUGCUAGAAACUUAAAGGAUUUUAUAUUAGUUAUUUUAUAUAGGGUGACUGGUACUCUCUUAUAACUCGGGAAAUUAUGCUUGGAAAUUUUGCAUGUGAAAUCAAUUAUUUUUACACG